UGCCGGUCGGUCUCUCUCUCUCUCUCUCUCUCUCUCCCCACACACACACACACACGCACUAACACACACUCAAGGCUUUUGCUUUAACAUGACCAGGGCCACGAUCAAAACAAGCCAUGCAUUUCCAUGCAAAACGUGCUUCCGACCCGCUCACGUUCCGCACCGUAUUUAGCUGGCUCGGUGAAAGAAAGCAAGAAGCGAGGCUUUGAAUUCUUAUAAUUUUUUUCUACCGUCAACCAAUUAAUCUGGUUUCAUCUCUGUUUUUUUUUUUUACAAGAGAGUAGAAAUGAAAGCCGAGUCCAGGCCUAGCGUUGUUAGUAGUAGUCGUAGUGCCGCCGCUUUUUGCAGAUCCGGCUUUCACAAAUCGCCAAAAAGUGUCUCCUCGCCUUCCCCCGUGAGCGGAUACCGGAUGGUUUUAUCUUGACCGAGCCGUAAAUGGACGAAGCCAUGCCAACAUGAAUCGGUCGUAUAAAGUGGGCGCCCAGGAUGGCUCGGAAUGUCACCCGGGCCCUCAGUGUCCGCAGGGCACCACUUCCUGUGGGCUCCAGCAUGGCGCGAAGCAUGCGUCCUCGUUUGGAUAUAGCCAACGGGAAUCGUCCUCCAGCUACAGUCCACUCAGGAGGCUACAGGACCUGACGGCGAUGGUGAGCAGGCCCGAUAUGAGCUUACACGACAGGACCUUUCACGGCCGAGCUAAGGCACAUGUGCACGGCUCAGAGUUUGGCCUCGGCCUUGUCCACUCGGCCCAGUCGUUCGGUCGCGGCGCUGACGACAGCGUGCUUAGCCACAGAAAUCUGGACAAGAACGGCUUUUCCCCUGUGAGCUCGGACAGCCUGGAGCACAUCUCGCCAAUCCUGAAUGGAUUCCUGCAUUUUGAAUCAAGCCUCUUUGACAGUGGAGACAGCAAGGACGACCAUGAAGAAGAGGAGCGCGUGGCAGCAUUUAAACCUUCAGCUAAAAAACGCCUGAAACGGAACUCUGUGAACGCAAAGAGUUUAUCAGGUUCAGGGCUAAACCUAAGCCUGAACAGACAUGAACAUUUUGACCGGGUUCCUAAAAGUACUCCUCAGCCAGCACCAGACCCUCCUUCUAGUCCACCUCAGUUGCCUGUUGAAGUCAUGCUAAGGGAUUUUGAUAGUUCGGACGGCUACACGGAUAGCGACUGUGACCUUCCGAGCACUGAAAACUGCGCAGCGAUGUUCAACGUAGGCCUUGCUCAAAGACCAAGUUCACCUAGCAGCAGCUACUCAGAUCCUUCCAACAGCCCAAAGAAGAAACCUCUCCCAGAAGUGAAGUUUACCGUAGGCGAUGUGGUGUGGGCCAAGUUCAAUCGUAGGCCUUGGUGGCCCUGUCGCAUCUCCAUUGACCCCCAGAGUGAGAGUCACACCAGGAUGAAAGAGCCCAACAACAGGCGGUGUCGAAUGUAUUUCGUCAGGACGUUUGGGGAGAUCGUGGACCAAGCAUGGGUUCCUGGGAAAGCCACGUUCGCUUUUGAAGGAGGGCAGCAGUUUGAGAAACUUCCCGUGCUCAGGCGACGAGGCAGACAAAAAGACAUGAGUUACAAAUACAUAAUCCCAAAGCGCAUAAUGCCCUUGUGGAAAGCCAGCGUGAAGGAGGCAGAGGCAGCUCUGCCAGAGUAUCUCAGGAGUAAACUACAACUUCCCUCAAUCAGAGAAGUACACUCUUCUGUUACGGAUGACAGGACAUCCACCCCUCCGACCUUCUCCGAACUUCCCCCGUCCUCACAGAGCCCGGGUUUCUCCAACGGACACGAUCUUCCCGUCAUCGUUUCACCCAAAACGAAGGCGGGAAGUAAAAAGAAAUCACCUGCUAAAAGGAAAAACAGCUCACUGCUGAAAAGCCCUGUUGAAAUCAAAGACGAAUUGUUCUCCAAGCUGAUGUCAGGCCACACACUGGACAUUUCUAAACCACCUGCUGCUUCAAACGAUCUGGCGUCUGACUCCAGGGACUGCCCAUACUCGGAUAUUGAUUUAGUUCCCCGGAUACUGUGCCCGAAACGCUCAGAAGAGCGACUCGAAGGGGAGUCGGAUAAAGAACUUUGUGCUGAACCAAAGGCAGAACGUGCGAGUAAAAAAACGAAAAAGGUCCGAAAGACAGAGAAAGAAACGGUGUCACACAAGCCAAACAACAAGUCAACAAUCAAAAACAAAAAGUACACCACUUCAAAUGGCAGGACAUUAGAUAGCACUUCCCUGGGAUUAUCAGACGGAACGUUUGAGAUGCACUCUCACUACUUGCCGGCGAGUUGCGGCCUCAUGACCCGAGCCCUCGCAAACUACGAGGAAGAAAAGGAUGAUCUUGACUCUAGCCAUGAAUCCCAAUCAUCUUCUCCGACUCUGUCUGAUGAGCAUGAUUCAUUUUCUCCCACUCUGGAUGUAUCAGAGAGCACAGAAAAUCAAUGGCAAGUGAAAACAGAACCCAUCGUCGAUCCGGCACACCCGAUGUCUCAGCGAUACGCGGGAUCCUCAAACCCGACUUUGCUCAAGUUAACAAGAAUCCGGUCCAGCAAGGAGCCGUCUCAGAACGGGUCUCAACUCAAAACCAAAUUUCCCUCCGUCACACCUUUGGAUUCACCGGUCACUGAUUUAAAAAUUAAGAAAGAAUCAAGCAUUUCAUUUUCCUCCUCCUCCUCCUCUUCCUCCUCUGUGUCAUCCCCAUCACCUUCACCCUUGGAGACUUUCCGGGAGCGUAAAGACGUUUCUUUACAUUCUCUUGCGAAAGACGAGUCUAGUUUGGACGAUCAAAAUGCCAAGUACAAGUUCACCACCUACCUUAUGAUGUUGAAGGACAUGCACGACACCCUUGAGAAAGAGGGAAGGCCACUGACGCUGCCUCCUGCCUCUCCUUCUGCCCUUAUCAAGCAAGAACCCUCGCUCCUCCCCACACAACCCCAACCUGAACCCACAACUCCUAACAUGGUUCUUAAGAACGGUGGUCAGCCUCCUGGGGUCCAGAACGGGCCACAGGGGAAAACCACGAGCAUCCAGAAGCCAAACAAAUCUAAACCUAAAUCCACAGGAAAAAGCGAGGCUCCUAAACACGACGGUGGAAAUAGUUUGCUUCCUCUGGUUACAGACCUGAAGAAACAGAACGCGCUAGAUGUGGUUGACGUGCGAGCAGCUCCAACGGAGAAACUCGCAAAGUCCCGGUCAGAUUCUGGACUUGAUAAAAGUGGGAAGGUGGUGGUGGCGCCAAAAAAGCGCUGGCAGACGUUUGAUCCUCAGAUUGGGGACAGGGCCAAGCCAAGUGAUCAGGGAAGCGUGCUUGAGCAGGACAGGGUCAUGCCUCCUGGCAGGCUCAAUGGAGUAUUUGAGGAGAGCCACCAAAGCCCUCAGGUCAAUGCUGUGGAGAGAAAGGAUAACUCUGAGAGCAAGAGACUUCGGAAGCCAAGCAAGAGGCUGCUCGAGUGGAGCGAGGAUUACGAGUCAAACUUCACCUUGAAGAAGAAAACGAAGAAAACCCCUGAGUCCUCCAAAUCAGCGUCUUCGAUUAAUAACACUAAUGUUGGCGAGGAGACUUUGAAACCUCCACUGGCUGACGACGUGAGCUCAGCACCGGGUUGGAUACCGGAAGCGUCGCAGCACGAGCGGCGGCUCGCUCUAGAAGAGGCAGAAAACAUUCUUCCUUCACCACCUUUAUCAACUCCCCAUAAAGCUCCCACAUUCGAGGCAGAAUCGGUUGAAAAGAAAACGGGAUCUUCAGAGAGAAGAAGGCCACGUAAGCCCACGCAUAAAGUUCUGGACUUUGCAAUUGAGGACGAGAUUCUCAGGAUCACACAGAAGAAGGAGUCUAAGCAACAGGGUCAGUGGUCAGAGGAAGCAGUGGUCAAAGAUGCUCCUACAAGUUUAAAGAAAAAUGAAGUGCCUGGAACCACUCUGUCGAACACCAUUUCUAAAUCAGGUAUAACACCCAGAGCGGGUGACACACAGACGCCUUUACAGCAGCAUGCAACGCCCAGCGUCUUCCAGAUCCACAUGCCAGGAGAGAACUGCAGUCCAGCUGAGCCUAAAACUGCCGAGCGGAAACCAUGUGACAUCCCAGGUCCUUUAAACACCGAGGUGUUUGGUUCAGCACCCGAUGAGGGCAUCGUCCAGGCCAGAGACAGCUUAACUGCUGAUACGGGCUUCUCUAACAGUAAAAAGGUAUCCGAGAAGGGAGGAGGCGCAUCACUAAAGGAGAACGUGUGUCAGGUGUGUGAAAAGACAGGUGAGUUGCUGCUGUGCGAGGGACAGUGCUGUGGAGCUUUUCAUCUACAGUGUAUCGGCCUCAGCGAGACCCCGAAAGGACGCUUUGUCUGCCAGGAGUGCACUAAAGGCGUGCACACAUGUUUUGUGUGUAAGAAACCAGGCAAGGACGUCCGGCGCUGUAUGAUCCCGGUGUGUGGAAAGUUUUACCACAUGGAGUGUAUACUGAAGUUCAGCCCGACUUCCAAACAGAACCGAGGCUUCCGCUGCUCUCUCCACGUCUGUCUGUCCUGCUACAUAGCCAAUCCCACAAACCCCUCCAGCUCCAAGGGUCGCCUGACCCGCUGUGUACGAUGUCCAGUGGCAUACCACGCAAAUGACUACUGUAUGGCCGCCGGCAGUGUUCCGCUGGCCAACAACAGCUUCCUCUGUCCCAACCAUUUCACCCCCCGCAAAGGCUGCAAGAACCAUGAGCACAUCAACGUCAGCUGGUGCUUCGUCUGCUCUGAAGGGGGCAGUCUGCUGUGCUGCGAGUCCUGUCCUGCUGCCUUCCAUCGCGAGUGUCUGAACAUCGAGAUGCCCAAAGAAAGCUGGUACUGCAACGACUGUCGCGCUGGCAAGAAACCCCACUACAAGGACAUCCUGUGGGUGAAAGUGGGCCGCUACAGGUGGUGGCCAGCGGAGGUGACUCAACCCAAGAACGUACCCGAUAACAUCUCGCGUAUGAGGCACGAGGUAGGCGAGUUCCCCGUACACUUUUUCGGCUCUAAGGACUACGUGUGGACGUACCAGGCCCGCUGCUUUCCCUAUAUGGAGGGUGACGCCCACAACAAGGAGAAAAUGGGCAAAGGCACAGAUGCUGUCUAUAAAAAAGCUUUAAACGAGGCUGCUGAGCGAUUCCGAGAGCUACAGGCAGAGAAAGAGAUGAGGCAGCUUCAGGAAGAUAGGAAGAACGACAAGAAACCCCCACCAUAUAAACACAUUAAGGUGAACCGACCGGUAGGAAAGGUGCAGAUCGUGACCGCUGACCUGUCGGAGAUCCCGCGCUGUAACUGCAAAGCGACGGACGAGAACCCGUGUGGCAUGGACUCGGAGUGUAUCAACCGCAUGCUGAUGUACGAGUGUAACCCGCAGGUGUGUGCGGCAGGACAGAGGUGCCAGAACCAGUGCUUCACCAAACGCGAGUACACGCCAGUGGACAUCUUCAGGACACUGUCACGUGGCUGGGGGCUCCGUAGCAUCAACGACAUCAAGAAGGGUGCGUUUGUGAGCGAGUACGUGGGCGAGGUGAUCGACGAGGAGGAGUGUCGCGCAAGGAUCAGACACGCACAGGAGAAUGACAUCAGCAACUUCUACAUGCUCACACUGGAUAAGGACCGCAUCAUUGACGCAGGGCCAAAGGGAAACCAGGCGCGCUUUAUGAACCACUGCUGCCAGCCCAACUGUGAGACUCAAAAAUGGACCGUCAACGGGGACACGCGAGUCGGCCUCUUUGCUCUAGUGGACAUUCCUGCAGGUGUGGAGCUCACCUUCAACUAUAACCUGGAGUGUCUGGGUAACGGCAAGACGGUGUGUAAAUGCGGAGCGCCAAACUGCAGCGGCUUCCUGGGUGUGCGACCGAAGAACCAGCCUCCAUCAGAGGACAAGGUUCGGAAAGGGAAGAAGAAAAUGUCUGCAAAGAGGAAGAGCCAGCUGCAGGCGGUGAAGGAGCGCGAGGACGAAUGUUUCUACUGCGGAGACGGUGGUCAAAUCAUCUCCUGUAAGAAGCCCGGCUGCCCCAAAGUGUACCACGCCGACUGUCUGAACCUGUCCAAGAGACCCGCAGGUCGCUGGGAAUGCCCGUGGCACCAGUGUAACGAGUGCGGCAAGGAGGCGGCUUCGUUCUGUGAAAUGUGCCCCAGCUCGUACUGCCAGCAGCAUUGCGACGGCAUGCUCUUCAUCUCCAAGCUGGACGGCAAGCUUUCGUGCAGCGAGCACGACCCCUGUGGCCCCGACCCCCUGGAACCCGGAGAGAUUCGAGAGUACAUCCCAGGAAUGCCUGUCUUGUCACCACCACCGAAUGCACCCAAGUGCAGGGUAACCCCGCCCACCACCGAGGUCUACAUCCCUCCCUCUUCCAGGAAAGCGCUCCACGGAAACCGGCGCACGGUGCCCUUCGAGGAGGACGUAGUGGUGGAGGAGGACCUGCUUCCUACCUCUUCUCCCUCUAAGGGGCUGAAAGUUGACGUCAUGGCCGAGGUAGAGGACGGAGAAGUGGUGGAAGGGCUGAUCGGAGGCGAGGAGGUGGGAAUGGAGGUCAUAGAGGAAGAAGAAGAAGACGAAGAAGAAGAUGAGGAGGGAGAGAUGGACUACGACACAUUUGAAGACGAGGACAACGAGGAGUGGGAAGAUGACGACUGGUAUAACAGGAGUUGCGUGGAGGAAGACUAUGACGCUGAAGGUUUAGAGGACGAGUCGUAUAGGGGGAAGUGAGCAAUUUGCGUUUACUUUCCAUCCAUCCAUUCAUCCAUCUGUAUAUCAGUCACGUGGUCGGUCACUAGAUGGCCCCGGCCAUCUGGGCGGCAAAGUGCCGUUUCAAUGUUAGUUACACUUUGUAGCCUGUAGGAACGAAGCAGGGAAACUGAUCUCAGAUCAGCACUCCGAGAUCAGCUAACGCGCACUCAGUGGAAUGCAAAGCAACUCUUUUUGACUCUAAGAGAUGUGGGCAAAGUGCUGAGUUUGAGUAAGCAGUCAGCUUGCCUUCCUUACCCAAGUCCUUUGACAAAGGGGACUGGCAAAAUAAAGUGGUGCUGUGGACCUUUUGGCUGUCCAGUCAGAAGUCCUGGGUGUAAAGUUACCGUCUGGUGCUUCUUUGUGGUUCUUUUUUUUUGUUUGUUUUCGUUUUGUUUCGUUUUCACCAUCUCCACCUACUGUUUACAUUUUUAUCCUUGGCAAACCAUGAACAGGAAGACAUCUGGUAAGCUCAAAGUGGGGCAGCAACACUCGUCAAGACGACACCAUGUCUUAAAGAACACAUAAAGAAAUGGACUCUUAAAUGGUAAACACUGGUUCUGGUUCUGACUACAUAGAUUGGUGUUUAGUUACCUAUAUAUUUUAUAUAUUUGCAAAGCAGAAAAAAAACAGAUUCUAUGAAAGUGAGCCUUGGCCUAGAUGUGGAUAUUUAAGGUUACCAGUAGCUACCAGGACAUGUUUAGAUCCAGGAAAGUAAUAUUAGUGAUAAAGAAAUAGUGGAAGUCAUUGCGUGAGAGAUUUGAUCAGAAUCGCCUCUUAUUUCUUUCCUGUAACCCUACCACUUACCAGCCUGUGCUAAAUUAUACACUGAUCACACAUAAUAUAUAUAUAUAUAUAUAUAUACAUGGUGUAGACUCCACAAGACCUCUAAAAGUGUUUUUAAUAAGACAUUAGGAGUAGAUCCUUUAGGUCCUCUAAGGUCAGUUUGGCAUUAUCCUGCUGAAAGAGUCCACUGCCAUUUUUAAAAACACCUUUGGUCAGUCACAACGUUUAAGUUACUGUCAAAGUAAUAUCCACGGAUCCAAUGUUUCCCAGAAUCACAUGAUAUAAAAGACCAGGCCAUGUUUUUCCAUUGCUCCAUGGUGCAAUUCUGAUGCUCUCAUGCCCAUUGUAGGCACUUUUAUUGAUAGACAGGGGUCAGCAUGGGCUGUGCAACAGUAGCUACAGGAGCUCUUAUGUGAAAUCAAAGGAGAUGGGUCAGGAAUGUACUUCCUUUUGCCAGAUUUUGUAGGUGCAAACCACUGCAUACCGGGAACCAACCAAUCAGAUUCUCACGCUUGGUCAUUUUUCCAUCUUCCAACGCUUCCAAGUUUAAAAGCUAAUUGUUCACUUGCUUCCUAGAAUAAAUCCCAUUCCUUGACAGGUGCCAUAAUCAUUAACGUGAUGAAUUUUACCCAUUGAUGAUAUCAUCAGAUCAUUAGAUCAGUGUAAUUCCAGUCACAUGGGCGAAUUUCUAACAAGACCCCCUGAUCUCGCCGACGCACUUUUGGAUAUUGACCGAUUUCGGAUGAAUCAGUUGGCUUGUCCUUGUAUCUCAUUCAGAAUUUAAUAAACUCUGUAUGUAACAGUAUAGAAACAAAGCAGACUGAAAAAGAAUCAAGGGUACUCAAUGAUUUUCAGUGACCCAGCCAUGAAUUUUGAAUCUUUUUGUUUGUUUGUUUUUUACGAGCUUGAGUUGAGAGUUGCUAAAGCCCUGGCUUGUGUGGUGGAGACGACAGCAAACCCGAAAUGACCAGUUUUAUUUUCAAGGUUUAUUAUGACAUUCCAGGCAUUGGGUACGACCUCGGUGCAGACAAACUGCAAGAGGCACGUUUCUGUUCAUUCGCGUGUACACCUUUAUCUAAGCUAUUACUUAACCCGCUGUCGCCAACACCACCCUCGCACACCUCGGCUCGUGAAAGCAAACCAAACAUACUGUACUGCGCUUCGAUUCUACAACUCUCUCUUAUUUCCAUAUCAUAUUCAAUGAGUUGAAUGGUGAUACUGUAAUGGUAAACUUAUGACCAUGUGUAAUCAGAGAUCCUGUGGGGGAAAAAAACAUUUCAAGAAAUAUUCUCCAAAACUAUUUUUUCAGAGGAUUUUAAUGGUUUUGCAAAACAAACAGAAAAAGAUCUGUAUAGUCAAACGCAGAAAGACGUUAACGCGCAAGUUGGGAAUUAAAACGUAUUUUUAAGACACUGUAAAACCCAUGAGGUGUUUUUUUUUUUUUUUUUUCUCUGCACGGGGGCUUUUUUUGAAUGAUUAUAGAAUUGUCUUUUCCAAAAGUCAACUUUGAAAGAUUUUUUUGACAGACAAAAAAUUUGUAUAGAAAAACAAAUCCCAGCUAGCUCACGUUAAUUCUUUCCUCACUUUGUUGUUUGACAAAAAAAUCUAAUAAAAAAAUGUCUGUCCAGACGUCGGUAACCAGCCUCACCCCUAUCCUGAGGUAAAAUAUGGACGAGGCAGUACUUUAUGCCAUCAGUGUGCGUUUAAUACAGAGUAGUGAGGUUUUUAAUUUUUAUUUUUUUAAAAGGAAAUACUUCAGAAAUCUGAGAUGCAGACUGCCAACACAGUGAAAUCUAGCGGGAAAGUUCUAUCUGUGGAUUUUCAACAUUAGAACAUUAGCGAUAGCCUUGUCAGGUAUUUUGAUAACCCGUGAAUCCGGCGUAGGAAUACGCGCACUAGACGAUAUCAGAUUUGUGCCUUUUUAAUUUUUAGCUUAGAAGGUGUACCUCAAGGGUCCUUGUGGAGAUUCUCAAUCUUUUCUUGCUUGUUUUUUUUUCUUCUUUGCCAAAUGUUGAAUAAUUUAAAAAAUUUGGUUUGUAUAUUGGAUAUGUGAGGUAUUUUCCUAAAUUCAAUCCGACAUAAUGAAAAUACGGAAAAUGCUAAAAGGUUUGAUCUGGACAUCUGAGUAAAGACUGAAGACUGCUGUUCCAAAUGAAGGACACUCAUUUUUAGUAUUGUUUAAACAAUGUGUUGGCCUUACAAUCAUUCUCUUUUGAUAUCCACUGAAUGUUAAAGUUCCUGCCCCACGUGUUUUUUUUUCUUUUUCUUUUGUUCUUUUCGUUGUAAACUUUACAACAGUCGUCUCUUGUCAAAAGAAGCAUGCUUUGUUUUUCCUUUAGUCUCUUCAUAUUUAUGGACUUUGUAGAAUCAGUUCUCACUGUCUUACACUUUUGUUGUACAUUUCUGUGUGUGUGAAUGUGAGUGUAUAUGCGUGUGUGUGUCUGCGCGUGCGUGUUUUUGUAAGGCGUGUUAGUUGCCGAAUCCGAGUGUGCUUUGGUGCUGCAAGACGAGACGAAACACACACCGGUUUGGUCUGGGGAAAGUGGGGCAAAGUUGUCGCUGCCAUGUUAGAACCCUCUUCAAUUGUACUGUACUCCUUUGUGUAUAUGAAAAAAUGUUAUAAGUAAAGUUUUACAGUA